GAGCGGCCCGUGGGUGAGGGCGGGCGGCCGGACGGACGGACGCUGCCGGGCCCCCGGGGCCUGGCGGGCGGAGGCUGCGGCCGGCGGCACGCCGGAUUCUGCAAAGCUGUAAGCAGGGCCUGGGUUCGCGGAGGGCGGUGACUGGGGCCGAGCGAGGCGCGCCGACCUCAGCUGCCCCUAAACUGGAACUGUGCCGCGGCCUGCUUCGCCGGUCUGGCGGCGCCAGGGCCCGGGGCCCGCCGGAGCGGCGGGAAGGGGGAGGUUGCCGUGUGCCUUCCGCGACCCCCCGCGCUGCCCGCCUGUGCCGCCCGACAGCCGCGGGAGCCUCGGCAGCCUCGGCAGCGGCUGUUGUCCGAGGUGUUGGCUCCUGCGCAGCCUCCGGGACGUCCCCUUAGAAGAGCGCUCUGUUUUUCCGUCUGUGAGACGCAGACACUCGAUGAAUGUUUCGGGAAGGUGUUGAAGGCCUGUAAGAAAGCCUUGCAAGAAGGGUCUCAAACUGUUUUACUUAUGCCAGGUACAAGCCUAGUGCGUGCUGAGGUAGACUAAACCUGGCCUGGAGACUGUACCUUGUGGAAGUGAUGUUUGUUCAGAACCAUACUUCUCCCUGCCCAUUUCUGAGAGCAUUUCAGUGCAGCACUUGACCAGCUACUAUGAGCUUGCUACACAGUGAUAGCAGCUGUGGGGCUCGAGACAUGGAGAGCGGCUGCUGUGCAGCCAUGGCCAGCGCCUGCAGCGUCGGGGCCAAAGAAGACAGUGUGAGCGUCAGCAGCAGCACUGCGAACCCACCCAGCUCUUUCACUGAGGAGACACAAGGCUAUGACGUGGAGUUUGAUCCGCCCUUGGAAAGUAAAUACGAGUGUCCAAUCUGUUUGAUGGCUCUUCGGGAAGCAGUGCAGACGCCGUGUGGGCACCGUUUCUGCAAAGGCUGCAUUGUCAAGUCAAUAAGAGAUGCAGGUCACAAAUGUCCAGUUGACAACGAAAUCCUGCUCGAAAAUCAACUUUUUCCUGACAAUUUUGCCAAACGGGAGAUCCUCUCAUUAACAGUGAAGUGUCCCAACAAAGGCUGCAGUAUGAAGAUGGAGCUGAGGCAUUUAGAGGACCACCAGUUGCAGUGUGACUUCUCCACGGUGGAAUGCCCACAGUGCCAAGGGGCCUUCCAGAAGAACCAUCUGAAAGAGCACAUGACUCAAGAGUGUCUCAGGCGUCAAGUCUGUUGCCCAAACUGUGCCACAUCUAUGGCCUAUGAAGAUAAAGAGCUUCAUGACCAAACCUGCCCUCUCGCCAAUGUGUUUUGUGAGUACUGCAACACCAUGCUCAUCAGAGAGCAGAUGCCCAACCAUUAUGAUAACGAUUGUCCUACUGCCCCCGUGCCGUGCUUUUACAGUGCCUUUGGCUGUCCUGAGAAGAUGCAGAGGAACGAGCUGGCACGACACAUGCAGGAAUUCACUCAGGUUCACAUGAGAAUGAUGGCUCAGAGUUUUCAGAAUAUCAGCGUUACUGCUGCAAACCCUGUGCCCUUCCUCAAUGGGCUGCCCUUCGAGCCUGCCUUCUUAUCACAUGUGUCCCACGCCCCCUACAAUUGUAACCCUGAUGUUGAGAACUUCAAGGAAACCAUCCAUCAGCUGGAGGGACGUCUGGUCAGGCAGGAUCACCAGAUCAGAGAGCUCAUUGCUAAGAUGGAGACUCAGAACACUCACGUGGCAGAGCUCAAACGUACUAUCCGCAGUCUGGAGGGGAAGAUCACCGAAAUGGAGGCACAGCAGUGCAAUGGCAUCUACAUCUGGAAGAUUGAGAACUUCAGUGAACUGCAGAAAGCCCAGGAAGAGGAGAGACCUGUGGUGAUGCACAGUCCUGGCUUCUACACUGGGAAGCCUGGCUACAAGCUCUGCCUGCGCCUGCACAUCCAACUGCCCAACGCCCAGCGCUGCGCUAACUUCAUCUCCUUGUUUGUCCACACCAUGCAGGGGGAGUACGACAGCCACCUGCCCUGGCCCUUCCAGGGCACCAUACGGCUGUCCAUCCUGGAUCAGUCUGAAGGCCCUGACAGGCAGAACCACGAGGAAGUCAUGGAGGCCAAGCCGGAGCUACUGGCCUUCCAGAGACCCACCAUCCACCGCAAUCCCAAGGGCUUCGGGUAUGUGACUUUCAUGCACCUGCAGACCUUGAAACAAAGAACCUUUGUGAAGGACGACACGCUGCUGGUGCGCUGCGAGGUGUUGACGCGCCUGGACCUGAGCAGCCUCCGCAGGGAGGGCUUCCAGCCCCGCAGCACCGAUGGGACCCUGUAGCCUCUAAGGCCUGGCCAGGGCAGCCGAGCCACCAGCCCUGCUCCUGCACAGCAGAGUCCCAGCCUGCUGCAUCUGCCAUGUAUGCUGGAGCUCUAAAAGGUCGUGGUUGCCAACACAGUUCGUUUUCACCUCAGUACAACUCGGUGGUUGCUGGUGUACACUUUUUUCUCUGUGUGAGGUCAUGUGUUCAGGUAUUUGGUAUUGUUCUCUCUUAAAGUAAUAAGCUACUUCUGUAGCAAGCUAAAUGAAGUGUUGAUAAUCAAAACUUAACUGCCUACAGGAAAAUCCUGUGCAGCUCAGUCAGGUAAAACUUAAGUCUUAUCAGAGAAGACCUAUAAGUCUUUUUGCCUUGGUGCCUUGGAAUAGAUACUGUUGCAAGGGAGGAAAUGGCUACAUUAAUAAAGAUGAGGGGUGGGUUGGUUGGUUGGUUGGUUUUUUCCACAGAGCUUGAGAGAGUUCAGACAGUUUCUCUAUUGACUUACCUAGAAUUUUGAAUUGGUUGUGCUUCUCUUGAAAUCUGAAGUCAGGUUCAGACUUUGCUGAUGUCACUUGGGGCUGAGGUGUGCUCUGGCCCUUCCAACUCCCACGGACUUCUCAGGAAGUUGCGUCUCAAUGUAGAGUUGACACUGGGAUCUCUGAAGGACAUGUGGUAGCGUUGUGGAGAAGGCUAAGUGACUCUGAGAUGGGUUCACCGAAGAAACAUUUGUAAUGUCUGAAAGUGCCUCCUAAUUCUCUUCAUUUUGGUAAAUCUUCAUGUAAGUGUGUGUUGGGGUCUCCUCCCCAUGCUGGGUGCGUUUCAGGUCAUGAGCAGGUACAUGACCAAAGGUUUGUGCUGAGCAGACAGGGUGAUGCAGAGUUUGUUUUACUGCUGUUGAAACCUGAAUCUGUACCAAAGUUGAAGCUGUGGCCUGUAUCUGUUGGAGUGACCUCUCGGUGUUCGGGGCAACACAUGACCUGCAUCGUCUGAUCUGGAGUCUCAGUGGCCACUGGCUGUAGUGGCACUGUGGGCAUUUCCUGUCCUGUUGGAUAACAGGAGCUGGGCCACCCUAAAUGCUUUGGAGGGGAAGAAAAGCCUCUUAAUUAGGUAGUGUGAGCUAAAACUGCAGUCCUGCCUGCUCUUAGGAAAAGAAUCUGGCUUCGAUGGUUACCUGUUUACCAAACACUAGAUUCCCUAUGCCAAGAACUCAUCAGCUUCCUAAUGCCCUGUCUGCUGCCAUUUUCUGUUUGCAUGCCUCUUGACCAGGCAAAGCUGAGUAGAGUUCAGGUUCACUGGUGCUAAAAAAUUCAGUUUAUCAUGGUGCUGAUAAAGUUCUGAAUCUUGUCUUUAAAAUGAGGGAAGAAAAAAGUUUUGUUCACCCCAUAAGUUACAUUUGUUCACACCAUAAGGGCACAGUCUGAUACCAAAGAAAGAACCAAACCAUAUAUAAGCAUCAGUUAUUUCUCCACGGUAGUGAAACAACCUAAAGACUUGAGACACUGCAACUUAAGAGACUGAAGAGUUUCCAAAUGUUUGGCCUUGUCAAAGCAAUGUCAUGGGCCUCAUCAGUGGGGAAAGUGCCUGUGCUUAAUGUGUACAAGGUUAAUGACAAAGGGCCACAGUCUCUUGAACUGGGAGGAUACUCUGCGUGCCUGUGUGAGAUUAUGAGUUCCAGGACCUAAUGCACCACUUUGUCCAUCAUAUCCAGAUGAGCAGAGUUUCUUUUGCAGGCAGAACCCGUGAGCUGAAGAGAUUGUGUUCGAUGGAGGGCUGUCACUGCUGAGUCAGGAACUGCCUGGUGCGUGGUAAAUGCAGUCAAUCUUUGGCUUACUCUGUAUAUUCCGUAUGUUCAGAGGACAGAGGAGCAUAUGUUACUCCACAUAGGGAAAGAUCCUUCCUUUAAAAUUAUUUUUAAACCUCUUCGGUAGUUCUUAUAUUGAAGAGCCACAUCCUCUUCACUGAUCUGUUUUGGAUGUCUCAGGUCAGAGCAUUCCCAGUAGUUUAACAUUUCCAGACAAGCUCUGCAGCCCUUGACAAGCUCUGGUAGCCAUUUUCCAGUGCUGCUGGUCCGUGGGUUCUGCCCCAACGUGGCCAGGUAGAACUCUGAGCCGUGCCAGAUUCUUGCAGUGCCAUGAGAGACUUUCCCAGCUAAUCUACCAAGUAUCAGUUAAUUCUUACUGUGGUGAAAAAUCAGAAAUGUUCAUGAAAUGUUUGUUCAUCUACUUGGUCUGUUUUCCUCUUCUCCCCCCAUCCCCUUCCAAGCUACUCUUCGUUUCAGCUGCACUUCGAGAGCUUUCUCUUACCAAUAGGAACGUGAUCUUCAGCUGAUGGAAGGAUGCAGGAGUCUCUGUAGUCUUCAUAGCUGUUGUCUUUUAUUCAGCUUUCCAGGGUCAGCAUGGAGAGCUGCAGUUUUGGUGUGAAAAGAGAUUUUCACCAAAACAACCUCUUUCCUCUUCCUUCAAAUCUAAUCUCUUGAGAAAUCAUUUUACCAUGGUGGAUUGAGGUAUGAUUGCUAGAAGCAGAAAGGUAUGCAGGGCUGAGAGUUGUCUAUAACACCAAUAUGAAGAAAUGGGGGAAUUUAACUAGCUUCCUGGGUGAUUUCUUCAGGAAUGGGGUUCUUUAGUUCUAUAACUCUUGAUGCUUUGCAACGUUACUGUAUUUCAAAGUGGUUUACAAAACAGUUUCUCUUAUCUCCCAAACUUCUGUUGUGAGCGUGUUUUAAGUUGGCCACUCCUACUGUGUGUAUUUGCAAAGCUGCUAUGGCACAGAUUUUCCAAUUAUAAUAUAUUACAAAUGUGUUUUCUUUUUGCAUCUGAAUGUCUUCCCCUGCAGGGCAGGGAAAGUUAUUUUACUAGAAAUGUUGGUAUGUAAUGUAUAUGUGGGAGCUCAGAUAAUGUGAGAUGUAUAGAUUUUUUUAAGCAGUCUCAUGAUAGGCCUGGUCAUGGUUGAAUGGGUGAAUCAAGGAAUUCAGCUUGCUAACCAAGUCAAAUCAGGAUGGCCUUUCUGUUCUUACUUAGAGACACUUUCAUGUCAAAUACAGCGAUUAUGGAUACAGAGGAUUGUUGUGGGGUCAAAGGCUUGUACUGGUUUGCAUUUGAUCAGAAGGAAAGUACUCCUGUUCCCUUGGAGGUAUCUACAGAUCAGUUAAUAUAUUUUGUAAUUAAUGCACAGCUAUAUUUCUGACAGGAUUUUAAGAAAUAAACUAAUUAAACUCUGCA